AGAGCCAGGCGUGCGAUGGCGGGGGUCGCUGCUGUUGCCGCGUCUCCGUGCGCCCCGGCGAAGGAGUCCUCCCCGUCGGAAGACGACUCGGUGCCGCUGGUGGCGCUCAACUACUCGGUGCGCCGCCGCCUGGGGCUGUUUCUGAACCCGCGCGCCCCGGUGGCCUCCGACUGGACGGCGCUGGCCGAGGAGCUGGGCUACGACUACCUGGAGAUCAAGCACUUCGAAGGCAAGGCCGACCCCACCGAGAGCCUCUUGGCCGACUGGCAGAAGCGCUGCCCCGGCGGCGCCACCGUGGGCCGCCUCCUGGGGCUGCUGCGCCACCUCGGCCGCCGAGACGUCCUGGCCGACCUGGGGAUCAGCAUCGAAGAAGAUUGCAAGAAGUACCUGCGGAGGAAACAGGAGGAGGCGGCGGAGAGGCCCGUUCAGGUCCCGGCGGUAGACAGCAGCAUCCCAAGGUCAUCUGAACUGCAGGGCAUCACUACGCGAGAUGAUCCCCUUGGACAAACGGUCGAGAUGUUUGAUGCCUUCAUCUGUUACUGCCCGAACGACAUUCACUUUGUGCAAGAGAUGAUCCAAGAGCUGGAACAGACAGAGCACAAGUUGAAGCUCUGUGUGUUCGACCGGGAUGUCCUCCCCGGAACGUGCGUCUGGUCCAUCACCAGCGAACUUAUAGAGACGCGGUGCCGGAAAAUGGUGGUAGUGAUUUCGGAUGACUACCUAGAUAGCGAAGCCUGCGACUUCCAGACAAAGUUUGCCCUCAGCCUCUCCCCAGGAGCUCGCCUCAAGCGCCUCAUUCCAGUUAAGUGCAAAAGCAUGAAGAAAGAGUUCCCCAGCAUCCUCAGGUUCAUCACGGUUUGCGACUACACCAACCCCUGCACCAAGAAAUGGUUCUGGAUGCGGCUGGCCAAGUCCCUGUUGCUCCCAUGAUGCAAAGCCGCGAGGCCAAGUGUCUAGCGCCGUGACUUGAACUGCGUCCUGAGGAAGGGAAGUUGGGGG